CACACACACACACACAUGCACACGGGUGAAAGAGAUGUACAAUACGACUGGGACAGCAUCACUUCGACAUGGAUCCUUCCAAGCAACCGCAUGAACGCAUUUCUCCUGAAAUGCAAUAAAAUAAUCGCCGAAAAUUCAAAUACAUCUUACUGCAGGGUGCCGCAUUGCCUGGAUGAUGGUAGGAAUCGUAUCCUGCAAUGUGGUGGCUGUUGUAUUGAUCUGAGGUACAUUUAUCUACUCCUCGCGUGUUAGUUAGCCGGAUAUCUUCGCGGCUGGGCUACAGCGACCGUGGUCGAUCCUGUACGUUUUAAUGCACAUUUUUUCCCGAUCGUGUUACUGAAAUCGCACGGUUCUGUGGGGGAAAUUAACAGCUAGGAUGAUGAUCGGAAGCUAAAAGGCAGGUUGGCUGCCUGUUCGCUGCACGGAUCUGCACUGACAUACCCUGCGUGUCUAACAGAGGGAGCGGGAGAACAAUGACUCACUUGCAAGCAGGGCUUUCGCCAGAAACUCUGGAGAAAGCCAAACUGGAGCUGAAUGAGAACCCAGACACCUUACACCAGGACAUCCAGGAAGUAAGAGAUAUGAUCAUCACCCGGCCAGACAUCGGCUUCCUUCGGACUGACGAUGCUUUCAUCUUAAAGUUUCUACGAGCCCGAAAGUUUAACCAUUUCGAGGCGUUCCGUCUCCUGGCUCAGUACUUCGAGUAUCGCCAACAGAACCUGGACAUGUUCAAGAACUUCAAAGCCACUGAUCCGGGAAUCAAACAGGCACUGAAAGAUGGCUUCCCUGGAGUGCUUUCUAACCUGGAUCACUAUGGCAGGAAAAUCCUGGUCCUCUUCGCUUCCAACUGGGAUCAGAGCAGAUAUACCCUUAUAGAUAUUUUGCGUUCUAUACUGCUGUCCUUGGAAGCAAUGAUUGAAGACCCGGAACUUCAAGUGAAUGGAUUUAUUUUGAUAAUAGACUGGAGCAACUUUACUUUCAAGCAAGCCUCCAAAUUAACACCAAGUAUGCUCCGAUUAGCCAUUGAGGGACUACAGGACAGCUUUCCCUCUCGUUUUGGAGGAAUCCAUUUUGUCAAUCAGCCUUGGUAUAUUCAUGCUCUUUAUACUGUCAUUAGGCCCUUCUUGAAAGAGAAGACUAGAAAAAGGAUAUUUAUGCAUGGAAAUAACCUAAAUAGUCUUCAUCAGCUUAUACAUCCCGAAAUCUUGCCUUCAGAAUUUGGAGGGAUGCUGCCACCCUACGACAUGGGAACAUGGGCAAGAACUCUGCUGGAACACGAGUAUGACGAUGACAAUGAAUAUGUUAGCGAUUCCUAUAAUAUGUCUUUCAAAGAUGUGGAAAAGUCCUUGUCUCCAAAAUCUAUGAAGAGAUCCCAAUCAGUGGUCGAAGCUGGAGUCCUGAAACACAUAGAUAAAGACGAUGAAAACACCCAACCUUUGCUUUCCCUGGAUUAGCACCUUCCAGGCCACAGAAUAUUCAAGAGAGAGUAAAGCGCUUCUUCAAGGGGGGUUCUGCACUUAACACAGAGUAUUCUGUGUAAAAUGCCACGCUAAACAUGUCACUUGGUAUGGACACUGCAAACUAGAAAUAGGCUGUAAUAUUUGCAGAUGCAUCCUUGCCUGCCCGUUGGAUGGUAACUGUUGGUAAAUAAUGUCUUUAUUCAAAAAGUGGAAGUGCCAACUUUAUUGUAAAUACAUUUUCGUAUCAUCAUUGGGAAGUAUUUCAACGCUAUUCAGCAAAAUUCAAUAUAAAAUGAUAGUGGAACUAUUUUCUGAGCCAAGUUUACCGGUGGUGCAGCCUGUACCAAGUACUGUCUGGUUAAACUUUUACCCUCACCAACAGUGUUUUCCUUCAAGAAAGGUAAUGCUUUGGUUGGAGAAAAGUAGCUGUGGCCCAAGUUUAGGGUUCAGUAUUUCUUGUCAGUUUGAUUGUUUAAUGCGGUUACACUAUAAGAAUAAUACUUGCAUUUAUAUAGCGCCUACUCAUAAUGACACCACCUCAAAACAAUUCACGAGGAAUGUUUCUGUCCAACACACAGCACACUCAAAAAAGAAUAGAAAAUGUAAUCUAUGGUAAAUAUGACCAGGAGGAAAGACAAACACUGAGCUGAGCACCAUCUUGUUCUGAAAUAUUCACAUCAGGUAUUUCUGUUACAGUGUUAUAAGAAUAUAUUUGCACUGUUUCCAAUUAUCAUGGUAUCAGUUUUUUUUUACAGAGUUACAAUGAAUUUUACAAAACAGAAAAUAGCUGUUCAGUCCAUUAAGUCAAUGCCACUGUUUUUCCUUCACUCAAGUUUUACCCUAUUUUACCUCAUGUCAAUUUUCUCCCUUAUGUUUUUAUCAAACUUCUAUUUAAAUAUCAGUCACUAUAUUUCAUUAUAAAUUUCUCCUGAGCUGUUUAUUGUGGUUACAAUGGCUAUCUUCAAUUUGGAAUUGAGUUUUAGACUCUUCCACAGAGAAUAAAUUCCAAAACCUUUGGUGUUUCUUGAAAAAACACACACAUUACUGAUUUUCUGGCUUGCAUCCUUUAGUAUUUCUGCCUCCCUAAAAUGAAUUUAUUGAUUUCUUUCUCUGUUUGCAAUUUUCUGGGUGAGCUGUUUCCCACUCUGAUCUUCUCCUACAGUAUAUUAAUAAGUUAUAUUUAACCUCUAUAUUGUUGUAUUUCUCAUCUAAACAUAUAUUGUGUUUCUUUGUCCUUUAUUUAAGAACAUAGGAUAUAGAAUAGUACAUCAGAGUACAGGCCCUUCCCUCCCAAACAGCUCUCCAUUUUCCAUUCAUCCAGGUGCCGCUUUAAGAGUCUCUUAAUCGUCCUUAAUGUAUCUGCCUCUAUCAUGUGUUUACCACUCCAUGUAAAAAAAACCUACCUCUGACAUCCCCUCAUACGCUCCUCCAAUCACCUUCUCCUCUCAUAUUAACCAAUUGCCACCCUGGGAUAAAGAUGCUGAUUGUCCGCUCUAUCUGUGUCUCUUAUACACCUCCCCUCUUCCUUUCCUCCAAAAAAAGUAAAACACUAGCCUUUUUGUGUUAAUUUUGUCCUGGGGUACAGUUAAUUUAUUAUGUUGGAAUCCUAACAACUUAAUACGAUCACCUUCGAACCAUCUUAAUCUGUGAUGUGAAUAUUUCAAGUCUUUUGUUACACCACAGGUAUUUUGUCCUGUUUCUCCAUUUCAUUGGUAUUGUUUGUAGCCAUAGUGUCAGGUUCUCCCUCAUGUGGUAUGGACCCAUAGCAGUAUGCAACUCUCAGUGACCGGUUUUUUCAAGUAAUCUUUCCCCAUCCCUCAAGUUAUUCUAUCCAAGAUCCUGUUUUCCUCUUAUAUGACCACUUAAGUGUUGAAAUUUUAAAGACCUUUCCCAUUUAUUUUUCUUAACAUACAAACAGAGAGAGAAUAUAGCAUGUGUAAGAAAUAGCAGAAUUUCUGUGAAUGUAAAUCAUGUGCGUGUGUUUACCAGUGCACACACUCUUUUGUCAGGGAUGCUGGAUUUAAUGCAGUUAUUCUUUAAAUGUAUGAGAAGUACGAGGAAGUACCUAUUUUACACAAUGCAUUUAUGACCUUAAGGCAUCAGAAGAAUUUCAGAACCCUGUAAAUACUUUUGAAGUGUGGUUCUUGAACUCAGCAGUGUUGAGUUUAAGUUACUUGAGUGGCAGAUACAAUUUUGGAUUGUUGAUCCGAAGAUACGAGGUCAAUGAAAAUAAAUCAGGGAUUUAGUCACUAUAAAUGAAGUCAUGAAACUAUUGGAUUAUUAUAAAAACCCUUGUGGUUCAUCUUUACCCCGACUAACCAAUUUGUGUGUCUCCAGACACACUUAAAUGGUUGCUCUCUCUCUUCAUUUCAGAGGCAAUUAGGUGAUGGAACAUAACUUGCUGUCAGCAGCGACCAUGUCCCAUGCACGAAGCCAAAAAAACAUGAUCAGAAGAUCUGACAACUAAUUUGAACAGUACACUCCCACAAGUAGCAGUAAGGAUAAAAAGAUUACAGUCUAUCCUUUGAAAUAUGGCAUUUGAGUUUGAAAGGACUGGUGAUUGUAUAGUUUCAAUGCCUUAUUCAAAACAAAGACAGAGCAACAAGGCUUCAGUCCAAAUCUAUCAGCCAGGGUUCUGUCAGAAGCUUCAGAUUUCAGGACACAAGGCUGUUUAAUAUGUGAACAUGAACCUUUGAACUUUUGAUUAGGAGCUUAAUUGUAAAUUUUCAUUCAUUUUGCAAGUAAAACACACGCCAGCAACAAAAUUAGAAGCAAAAUACUGUAGAUGCUGGGAAUUUAAAAUUUUAAAAAAGUACAGAUAAUGGUGGCAUUCUGCAGAUCAGGAGCAAGGGAGAGAAAAACAAAAUUAAGGUUUCAGGCAGAAAUGUUAUUAGGUGUGACAACCCGAACUGCAAGCUAAAAGAUGAUACCUUAUCGCCGAAAUUAGAUGUUGAACUUAAGAGUAGGAGUGAUGAAACAGAGACAAACAACAGGAAUUCUGCAGAUGCUGGAAAUUCAAGCAACAUACAUCAAAGUUGCUGGUGAACGUUCAUCAGCAACUUUGGUGAUGAAACAGAGGUCUGAUUCAAGUCCUGCUUAAGGCUUUAUUCUUUGUUAUUACGCCAAAUUGAAAAUCCAUUGUGGACUGUACAAAGCUAAAAUAGAACCAGACUGACUGCAGGAAACCCAUCAAGUAGAACAGUUAACUUCAGCUGCAGUGUAAAGGAAGGUGAGGCAGGGUAAUUUGAUGGAUAAUUGGCUAUUGCCCAAGUUUUGUUUCACUGAAAUUGAAACUCUUGACAAUUAAAGCCCUUAUAUAAACACUUAGAAGGUCAAUGAAGAAUUUUCAACAAAUAUAUUGUUCUGUUAAAUUGAAUAGAGUACUGUAUUUAAAUUAAAAUAUCCAAAUGUUUUAUGUGCCCAUAAUGUUUUCACCCCCCUUUGACAUUUUAAUUAACCUUUUUAUUUCUAAAGCCACUCAUCCAUGUUAUAUUAAACAAAGACCCCAAAACAACACAUAGACAUAUUUUUGGUCUAAAAUUAAACAUUUGUUAAUUCUGCUGUGCUUACUAAUUACUUGAACAACAGGAAUGGUAGCAUCUUCAACGAGCAAUUUGACAAUAGACAAUAGGUGCAGGAGUAGGCCAUUCAGCCCUUUGAGCCAGCACCGCCAUUCGCUGUGAUCAUGACUGAUCAUCCACAAUCAGUACCCUGUUCCUGCCUUCUCCCCAUAUCCCUUGCCUCCGCUAUCAUUAAAAGCUCUAUCUAUCUCUUUCUUGAAAACAUCCAGAGAAUUGGCCUCCACUGCCUUCUGGGGCAGAGCGUUCCACAGAUCCACAACUCUCUGGGUGAAAAAGUUUUUCCUCAACUCCGUUCUAAAUGGCCUACCCCUUAUUCUCAAAUUGUGGCCUCUGGUUCUGGACUCCCCCCAACAUCGGGAACAUAUUUCCUGCCUCUAGCGUGUCCAAUCCCUUAAUAAUCUUAUAUGUUUCAAUCAGAUCCCCUCUCAUCUUUCUAAAUUCCAGUGUAUACAAGCCCAGUUGCUCCAAUCUUUCAACAUAUGACAGUCCCGCCAUCCCGGGAAUUAACCUUGUGAACCUACCCUGCACUCCCUCAAUAGCAAGAAUGACCUUCCUCAAAUUUGGAGACCAAAACUGCACACAAUACUCCAGGUGUGGUCUCACCAGGGCCCUGUACAACUGCAGAAGGACCUCUUUGCUCCUAUACUCAACUCCCUUUGUUAUGAAGGCCAACAUGCCAUUAGCUUUCUUCACUGCCUGCUGUACCUGCAUGCUUACUUUCAGUGACUGAUGAACAAGGACACCAAGAUCUCGUUGUACUUCCCCUUUUCCUAACUUGACACCAUUCAAAUAGUAUUCUGCCUUCCUGUUCUUGCCACCAAAGUGGAUAACAUCACAUUUAUCCACAUUAAACUGCAUCUGCCAUGCACCUGCCCACUCACCCAACCUGUCCAAGUCAUCCUGCUAAUGCAUCUCAACAUCCUCCGCACAUUUCACACUGCCACCAGCUUUGUGUCAUCUGCAAAUUUGCUAAUGUUACUUUUAAUCCCUUCAUCUAAAUCAUCAAUGUAUAUUGUAAACAGCUGCGGUCCCAGCACUGAGCCUUGCAGUACCCCACUAGUCACCGCCUGCCAUUCUGAAAGGGACCCGUUAAUCCCUACUCUUUGUUUCCUGUCUGCCAACCAAUUUAUGAUCCAUGUCAGUACCCUACCCCUAAUACCAUGUGCUCUAAUUUUGCCCACUAAUCUCCUAUGUAGGACCUUAUCAAAGGCUUUCUGAAAGUCCAGGUACACUACAUCCACUGGCUCUCCCUUGUCCAUUUUCAUCGUUACAUCCUCAAAAAAUUGCAGAAGAUUAGUCGAGCAUGAUUUCCCCUUCGCAAAUCUAUGCUGACUCGGACCGAUCCUGUUACUGCUAUCCAAAUGUGCCGCUAUUUCAUCCUUAAUAAUUGACUUCAGCAUCUUCCACACCACUGAUGUCAGGCUAACUGGUUUAUAAUUCCCUGUUUUCUCUCUCCCUCCUUUCUUAAAAAGUGGGAUAACAUUAGCUACCCUCCAGUCCUCAGGAACUGAUCCUGAAUCUAUAGAACAUUGGAAAAUAAUUACCAAUGCAUCCACGAUUUCUAGAGCGAACUCCUUAAGUACCCUGGGGUGCAGACCAUCAGGUCCCGGGGAUUUAUCAGCCUUCAGCCCCAUCAGUCUAUCCAACACCAUUUUCUGUCUAAUGUGAAUCUCCUUCAGUUCCUCCGUUAUCCUAGGUCCUCUGGCCACUAUUACAUCUGGGAGAUUGUUUGUGUCUUCCCUGGUGGAGACAGAUCCACAUUACCCGUUCAACUCAUUUGCCAUUUCCUGGUUGCCCUUAAUAAAUUCACCUGUUUCUGUCUUCAAGGGCCCAACUUUGGUCUUAACUAUUUUUUUCCUCUUCACAUACCUAAAGAAGCUUUUACUAUCCUCCUUUAUAUUCUUGGCUAGCUUGCCUUCGUAUCUCAUCUUUUCUCCCGUAUUGCCUUUUUAGUUAUCCUCUGUUGCUCUUUAAAAGUUUCCCAAUCCUCAGGCUUCCUGCUCAUCUUUGCUAUGUUAUAUUUCUUCUGUUUUAUUUUUAUACUAUCCUUGACUUCCCUUGUCAGCCAUGGUCGCCCCUUGCUCCCAAUCUUUCUUCCUCUUUGGAAUGAACUGAUCCUGCACCUUCUGUAUUAUUCCCAGAAAUACCUGCCAUUGUUUCUCCACUGUCAUCCCUGCUAGUGUAUCUUUCCAGUCAACUUUGGCCAGCUUCUCUCUCAUGGCUCCAUAUUUGAAGCCACACUCACAAUAAAAAAAUAAUAAAAAUACUAGCAUACUGUUCUCUCUCCUGAAAUUAGGAUGCAUUCAUCUGCACUCUCCUGUGACAGUCACCAUGAGGCAAAGGCAGCUCAGGGAAACUUUAUUAAAUGAUUGACAGCCUGAUGCCAGUGCUUUUGGUAGACUGAUUGAAACCUUCUUGCAGUUCCCCGCCACCCUACAGAUCUCUGAUUGUGAAUCUCGGAUUUAAUUUUUCAACAUCAGUUAGAAUCUGUUACGCGUUAUUCAGCUGAAGGGAAAAAAAGAGAAUGAUACACAAUAUUUCAUCUUGAUAAAAUAGAUGCUUUGGAGGCAUUUCCAUUUCCAGGGAUCGACUCAAUUACAUUUGUUGUAAAAUGUUGAUUGGCCUUUUGCUUUUGCAUUAUCCUUGUUUUCAUGUCUUCCACUUUUAUUUUUGUAUAUUCAGAACCCAUCUUCAUUCCAGAACAGAUUGGAUGUGAAGUACAUAGUGGAUAUCGAGUUUAAACAAAAUUGUUCUUCCCUCAUAGCUACAAAGUUACUGAAUUAAUUUGCUACAGGUAGCAACUGUCAGUAAAAAGUACAUGAUUAUUUUGUGACCACUUAAUAAUUUAUCAUUAUAAAAAUAAUUUAUUAUUUGUUAUUUGCACAAAUAUUGCACAUAAUUAUUUAUUUCAACAGACUUCACAUGCUAUAAUCCGAAGAACACAUUUGGUAAAUGAUGUAAAUAAAAGCCAUGUAGAACAAAAUGUAAUUAUGCAGAUUCUACUUAGAAGUAAAUUUUGAUCUAAUUGAUUUGUGCUAAAGCUGUUGUAUGUGUUUCGAGAAAUGAGCUGCAUUUUAUUAUAACAUUUUAAAGAUUAUGCAGUGCUCAGAACAUUUCUUAUGCAACCCAGUCUCUGCAUUUAUGAAUACUUACCCAAGCUAUAGAAGAAUAAUUUUCUUGUCUAUGAUUCAUGGUGUUGAUUCAUAAAUAAUGAUUUACAUGCAGCAGCAGAUGCAAUGGGAAUAUGCUAUAAAUCUCUUUCAAUGUGAUGUACUGUACAUUUUUUGUUUGUUGCUUCUAGGUACUCGAUAAAAGAAAUCCCAUGAGAAUUUGUUAUAUUUGCUUUUUUCAAGCUUCGUUUCAUUUGUAGCCAUCUUCUCCUUUGGCAUGUGUAAUACUUAAGGAUUUAUUUUGUUCUCUAAAGUGCUAUUGUCAUAAGCAUUAGAGAAAUAUUUGGAGAAACACAAAGUUGAGGUAAAUAGCACAUGCUAAUUGUAGAAAGAUAUCAUGCCAGCUAUGUAUGUGGAGUAUAUUUAUGCCUAGAAAUAUACAGUACGUUGCUGUAUUUGGAAUUUAUUUCUGAACAGCAGCAUAUGGCAGAAAGAAAACUAAUAUGCAAAUAUAGCAUUUAAAAUGGAACCAAAGAUAGGAUUCCUGUCAAGAUGAAAAGAUCUUGAGAUUAAGUUAAAUGAGGUUGGCUUAUCUUGAUUUUAAAGUAUUAUACAGUUACACAAUUGUAUUAUUUUUCAGUGGCAUUUUGUAACCUCUAUUUGAAAUUUAAAGUAAACUGAAUGUGACUUAGAAACAAGACAUGAAUGUAGAUCAGAAAAUUGGGCCUACAAGUAGCCUACCUCUGAUCUGAACUAUCAACUACUACAGCUCUGGGCUAAAUAAAUAUUAUUAACUGAAUUGUACUCCAUCUACUAAAAUGUUAUAUAGGCUGAAGUUCUUUGGUGUUUCUGGAAGUCUCAUUUUAAAAUUAUUGUUAUAUGACAAACAAAAAUAGCAUUUCAUGAGAAUAUUUUUAUGAACUGCUUCUGAUAAGGUCAAAGACUGUUUAACAAUGUUAGUGAUUAGACAGUUAAAAGAAACAAUAGAUAAUUGCAAAACACACUGCUUGAAUUUAAACGCAAACAACAGGAAUUCUGCAGAUGCUGGAAAUUCAAGCAACACACAUCAAAGUUG